AUGGAUAAUAUUUCAGAGCAACGCGCGUGUAUUAAAUUUUGUUUCAAAAUUGGUAAAAAUGCUACGGAAACUUUUGAAUUGAUAAAAUUGGCUUUUGGAGAUUUUGCACUAAGCCGUUGUGUGACUUUUGACUGGUUCAAACGUUUUAAAGAAGGUCGUAUAUCCAUUGAAGAUGACCAUCGUCCUGGGCGUCCAUCAACAUCAAAAACAAAUGAUACCAUUACUCUAGUUCGAGACAAAAUUAGAUCCGACCGAAGAUUAACUGUCAGAGAAGUAGCUAAUGAAGUUGGCAUAUCAAUUGGUACUUGUCAUUAG